AUGAGCAAGGAGACAAGAAGCGACCGCAAAUCACAACCAAUCCAUAUCAACAACAGUACUAUCAGAUUCUUCUUCUUCUUCUUCUUCUUCUUCUUCUUCUUCUUUUCGUUGUUCUUGUUCUUCUUCUUGCACUUCUUUUCCUUCUUCUUCUUCUUGCACUUCUUUUCCUUCUCCUUCUUUUUCUUUUUCUUCUUCUUCUUCUUGCACUUCUUUUCCUUCUUCUUCUUUUCUUCUUCUUCUUGCACUUCUUUUCCUCCUUCUUGCACUUCUUUUCCUUCUUCUUCUUGCAUUUCUUUUCUUUCUUCUUCUUCUUGCACUUCUUCUUCUUGCACUUCUUUUCCUUCUUCUUCUUGCACUUCUCUUCCUUCUUCUUCUUCUUGCACUUCUUUUCCUUCUCCUUCUCCUUCUUUUUCUUUUUCUUCUUCUUCUUCUUCUUUUUCUUGCUCUUCUUUCUCUUCUUUCUUUUCUAAUAUCUCUUACAUUCACCUACUAUAUUGUUCUCUUUUUGUUUUUGUCCAUGUUGUUUCCCUUCCUCUUCUUCUUGCAAUUUUUCUUCUUUUCUUUCUUCUUUUUCUUGUUCUUGCUCUUCUUUUCCUUCCUCUUCUUGUUCUUGCUCUUCUUUCUUUUCUUAUAUCUCUUCUUUAUUACCCUACUAUAAUGUUCUCUUUUUCUUGUUGUACAUUUUCUUUGCCUCCUUCUUCGUAUUAA